AUGAACAGGGCUGGCAACGCCAUCAACCAUCCGGAGACCAUUGGACCAGAUCCACACACUCCGGGUUCUCCGUUACCCCGUGCUCACUUCGUCAAUUCCGUGGGCUACCUGCCGGAUGGCACACCGAUGAACGCUGCAGGCAAUGCUUUGAACCACCCUGAGACAAUGCAGCCAGACAUGCACACUCCCGGCUCCCCACUGCCACCAUCCCACUACUAUGCCGACGUGGGCUACUUGGUGGAUGGAACGGACAUGGCCACUGCUGGUAAUCUGUCUGUGCAGGGUGCGCCCCCAGCUUCAUCGAUGCCGGCUGCACCAACACCGGUCGCGGCACCCCCACCUGUUGCGGCACCAACCCCUGUUUCGGCACCACCACCAGUGGCAGCACCAUCAUCAGUGUCAGGGGAUGUGAUGCAUGGCAUCAAGUUCCCUUACUCGAUUCAAAAGGAUGCAUGUGUGGAUUUAGAGUUCCUCAACGAUGUGGGCUACUUGCCUGACGGCACACCAAUGAACAGGGCUGGCAACGCCAUCAACCAUCCGGAGACCAUUGGACCAGAUCCACACACUCCGGGUUCUCCGUUGCCCCGUGCUCUCUUCUGCAAUUCUGUGGGCUACCUGCCGGAUGGCACACCGAUGAACGCUGCAGGCAAUGCUUUGAACCACCCUGAGACAAUGCAGCCAGACAUGCACACUCCCGGCUCCCCAUUGCCACCAUCCCACUACUAUGCCGACGUGGGCUACUUGGUGGAUGGAACGGACAUGGCCACUGCUGGUAAUCUGUCUGUGCAGGGUGCGCCCCCAGCUUCAUCGAUGCCGGCUGCACCAACACCAGUCGCGGCACCCCCACCUGUUGCGGCACCAACCCCUGUUUCGGCACCACCACCAGUGGCAGCACCAUCAUCAGUGUCAGGGGAUGUGAUGCAUGGCAUCAAGUUCCCUUACUCGAUUCAGAAGGAUGCAUGUGUGGAUUUGGAGUUCCUCAACGAUGUGGGCUACUUGCCUGACGGCACGCCAAUGAACAGGGCUGGCAACGCCAUCAACCAUCCGGAGACCAUUGGACCAGAUCCACACACUCCGGGUUCUCCGUUGCCCCGUGCUCUCUUCUGCAAUUCCGUGGGCUACCUGCCGGAUGGCACACCGAUGAACGCUGCAGGCAAUGCUUUGAACCACCCUGAGACAAUGCAGCCAGACAUGCACACUCCCGGCUCCCCAUUGCCACCAUCCCACUACUAUGCCGACGUGGGCUACUUGGUGGAUGGAACGGACAUGGCCACUGCUGGUAAUCUGUCUGUGCAGGGUGCGCCCCCUCCAGCUUCAUCGAUGCCGGCUGCACCAACACCAGUCGCGGCACCCCCACCUGUUGCGGCACCAACCCCUGUUUCGGCACCACCACCAGUGGCAGCACCAUCAUCAGUGUCAGGGGAUGUGAUGCAUGGCAUCAAGUUCCCUUACUCGAUUCAGAAGGAUGCAUGUGUGGAUUUGGAGUUCCUCAACGAUGUGGGCUACUUGCCUGACGGCACACCAAUGAACAGGGCUGGCAACGCCAUCAACCAUCCGGAGACCAUUGGACCAGAUCCACACACUCCGGGUUCUCCGUUGCCCCGUGCUCUCUUCUGCAAUUCUGUGGGCUACCUGCCGGAUGGCACACCGAUGAACGCUGCAGGCAAUGCUUUGAACCACCCUGAGACAAUGCAGCCAGACAUGCACACUCCCGGCUCCCCAUUGCCACCAUCCCACUACUAUGCCGACGUGGGCUACUUGGUGGAUGGAACGGACAUGGCCACUGCUGGUAAUCUGUCUGUGCAGGAGAAGAGCGUGGCCGUGAAGGCCGCCGAGGCGGUGGCGGCUGCAGUGGCUGCUGCCAUGCCGGCGCCGGCGCCAGCCGCAGCGACACCGUCGAUGCCGCAGAUGGCGCCACCGGUGGCGGCCGCCUUCGUGGGAACGUCCGCACAAGUGUCAGGCACGGUCCAGCGCCAGCCUGCUGGCUUUGCAUACUCCAUCCAGAAGGACGUCUAUGCUGACUACCUCUUCACUAACGACGUUGGCUACUUGCCUGAUGGAACUCCGUUGAACAAGGCCGGCAAUUGCAUGAAUCAUCCUGAGAACAUCCAGCCAGAUCCUCACGCCCCGGGAUCUCCUUUGCCCCGGGCCGUCUUUGUGAAUGACGUGGGCUACUUGCCAGAUGGCACCCCGAUGAACAAGGCAGGCAACGCCAUCAACCACCCUGAAACCAUCCAACCCGAUCCUCAUGCUCCGGGCUCUGCGUUGCCAACAUCAUCCUAUGCCGCGGACAUCGGAUACCUCGUUGACGGCACCCCGCUGGAUGCAGCCGGAAACAAUGCGGUGCACUGA